AUGGCGGUGCGGCGGCAGCUGUGGGAGCUGUUCCAGGACCGGGAGCUGUUCCAGGACCAGCAGCCCGUCGGGACCAUCGUGCUGGAGCGGGCAUCCUCCCCCGCCGCUGCCGCCCGGAUGCCGCCGUCACCGCCGUCCUCCUUGCCGCCGGCCGCGGAGCCGGCGUCGCCGCCGCGGCGACAGGGUCCGCUGCCGGAGCUGUGCGCCGUGUUCCACUGCCGCGGCUGCUGGACGGUGCUGGGGGACUCGCUGCAGCUGUGCGCGCCGGAGGAGCCGCGGCUCGGCUUCCUCGCCUGCUUCAAAGUCACCAGUGAUGUGAUCUGGGAGGAUUCGAUCUUGAUCGGCCUCGAGGAACCGCUCCUGGGAUGUGCUUACAAUGCAUUGUCCUGUCGGUCAUGUGGCUUGUCUGUGGGCUUCAUCCUUCAUUCUGCCGCCAGCGACAUGGCGCAUCUCCGAGGCUUGUUCUGUUUCUUCAAGGACAGAAUCCUCUGCUAUCUCUUAGAAAACAAAAUGGUUAUAGAAGCUUCUAAGGUGGAUUUUCCUGCUGUGACCUUAAAAAAAGAAGUGCAGGAACUGAAAGAAAAGCUUGUGGAGUUCCACAUUCGCAUGGAGUUGCUGACGAACAAGCUGAAGGAACUGGAACAAAGUAAUUAUGUAACACAAUGGCAGAGCUCUGCAUCAGAUACAGAUGGCCUACCACCAGGAUAUGCAGGAGUUAGGAUCAACUAGUAGCCAUUUGCAAGAACUGCUGGAGUUGUUUCUGCAUCUCUGCUGCGUUUGUUCAUUGUGGUGAAAUAAUGCACCAGAUCAGGUUUGACUGUUGAUCUGUCACUUUAUCUGUGUAUGGAAAGAACUGAUGAUUAAGUGCAUCCCUUCAGGGCAACACCUAAAAACCCAACAUAUUGAAGUUAUGCUUGGAAGACUGAAUAGCUCACCCAUGCAGCACAUCACUCUCUGAGGCAGUAUAACUGUGACUUCGUUUUUUUUCUCUUGGGGGAAAACCAGCCUUUGAAAUACUGAAGUCAGGUUUCUGGAGCUAUACAAACACACUAAUAAGGUGGUAUUCAAGAGGAGCUAAUAUAAAUUGAACAUUCUUAGAGGUGUAAAGUUCUUGUCCUACCUUUUCAUAUAGAUACAGUGUUAAUGGCAGCCUGGGUGUUAAUGGCAGCUGGUUAAGUGGCUCAUUGGCUACAUCUCAUAUGCAAACCACUGCUAAAUGUACUCCUGAAUAGUUCUUUUAAAUUUGCUUGUAUGUGUGGCCUGCAAAAAGGGCAGGCUAGCAUGUCACAGAUGCUGCACACUGUUCUUACUGCUUGAAUCUGGAUGGCACAAUGCAGGCUGGAGCACAAGGUUUUGAAUUUCAGUUAAAGGGCAACCAUGCACCUGCCAAGUCCUCUGGAAAUGCAGCCCCAUGACUGCACAGGAGCGAGUCAAAUACGUCCAUUUAGGCUGUGAGCAACUGCCUUUAACAGAUUUGAGCAUUUCUUUCUGGGGCUGAAACUGUGAAACCAUGGAACAGUCUUGUCUUCUCCUUCACUUCUGCUCAGUCAUGGGAACUGCUCUGCUGGAGUUGUGAUGAUCUGCUUGCUGCCUUCAAUUGGCCAGUCAAGAUAUUUAAUAAAAAAAACCCUAACUGGCAUUUCUCUCUAUUUUGAAUGGGUUCUGCUUAUUUCCAAACAUUGGAAAAUAAUUUGAUGGAAAAGAAGGAGCACUACUCACCCUUUGUUUCUGAGACAGAGUAUCUUUCUUGCUUGUUGGGAAGGUUGAGGGUCCUUUUCCUCUCCUUUUUGCUGCCUAAAGGGCUAAUGUUUGUCCCUAAGGGGAUGAUAGAUUUUAUGGGAAGUUUAGUAGUUGUCUGUAGUAGGCUAGAGAGGAUUCUAUUUACUUGCUCAGCUUAAUUCCAGUGAUGCUAUGUGCAAGCACCUUUCCACCUCAGGUAAAUGUUUUCCACUGUAUAACUUCACCUUUGUGGUACUUCCUAAGUGACAGCACUUCUGUUGUUGCCUUAGUCUAAGAAACAUGAUUGAUAAUGAGACUACCCACUUUUGUCCUUUCAUUUCAGUUUCUGCAUUGAGACUCUUUCUUGCUAUAUACUUUAUGUCUAUAUAUACUGUGUAUAAUUGUGCUAAAUAGCUUUGCUUCAUCUGGCUAAGUGUCAAUCCCUAAAAGGGAAAGAAAGCUGUCAGUUACAUUUUUAUAUUAUAUUUACAGUUGUGAAAAAGAAACUGUUUAAAUAAAAAAAACCCCUGACAUUCAGAAAUUCAUAUUGUGCAAAUCAUUGCCAAUAUCAUGGGAGUCAUAGGCCUACUUCUUUUCCUUUGAUUAUGUUUGCAAGAAAAAAACAUCAGUUUGUCUUGGUUGGGUUCUGGGUUGUUAUAAAGCAUUUAAUGAAUGGUUCCUCAAAUUA